AUGCACGUGAAUGUCAAAAUUUUGACUGAUUAUUUUGCUAUCGCGGUGGAUGGCAAAGAGAAAAUUGAAUGGUUGUUUCAAGAAGCGGUUCGACGCUACGGAGAGCAGUGGAACGGGGAACUGAAAAAAACCGUCCAAUCCUCGGGGACCAAGCGGAGAUUGUCCACCAGUUCGACUAGCAACAGUACCGUUAAUAACAGCAGCAGCGUGAACAAUGAUGCAUCCACCGGACGAGAUUCACCGAGCACAUUGCCCGGACGAAUUACUGCUAUGCGAAGAGAACGCGAUCACGCGGUGCUCAACAAGUCCGACCUGAUCAGAGAUGUCUUAAAAGAUGGGGACAGUGUGGUAGCAGAUUUCAAUCCAUGCGUGAUCAUGUCUGGCGUGCAAGCCUCAGUACAACAAGAGGAACCGUAUCCUAUAACAUUGCGGGGCAUAAUUUGGUUUUUAAAGACAACUCCAGCAGAAAUAAAACUUGCCAGGGCGUUUUCAAACCAGAAGUUUGAAGAUAAAGUCGGGUUUGGCGCAUUGCGUCAAUGGAAGUCAGAAUUUGAUUUGUACAUAAAACUUGACGGUGAGCACUUGACCAUGGAACAGUUAGUCGCACUGGGAGAUGGCAAAUAUCGAAUCGAGUUGGAUCCCGCGGCAGCGCAUAAAGUGGCACAGAGUAGACUGAUUAUAGACGACAUUGUAUCGAAAAACAAAAUUGCUUAUGGCAUCACGACCGGGUUCGGACUAUUCGCGUCCACAGUUAUUGAUCGACUCAAACUGAAAGAACUACAAAUCUCACUGCUUCGCUCACAUGCGGCCGGAGUGGGGAAACCGUUAUCUUUGCGUAUGACUCGAAUGCUGUUUGCUCUUCGGAUCAAUAUUUUGGCCAGAGGAUAUAGUGGUAUCUCUUUGGAAACGCUAGAACAAAUGGUUCGAAUGUUUAACGCUUUCGUUCGAGCUGAAAGAGCGGCCCUACAGGCUGAUGUCAUAGCCGCUCUAACACUGGAUGUUUGCAUGGGAACAGUUUCGGCUUUCGAUGCGGACGUGUCCAGGGUUCGACCACACAAAGGACAAGCGAUCGUGAGUCGGCGACUCAGAGCUCUGCUGAAUAACAAACUAUUCCACUCAGAACUAGCCGAAAGUCAUCGAUUCUGCUCCAAAGUACAAGAUGCGUACACACUGCGCUGUUGUCCACAAGUCCAUGGGAUUGUGUGGGACACCAUUGAUUUUGUUCGUGGUAUUUUGCUGACCGAAUUGAAUAGUUCCACGGACAACCCGGUACGUUUUCCCCUAUAUUUUCAUGUCGCCUUAGCGUUGCGCAAAUUGCAUGUCAAAAUAUUCUGA